GAGGAGCUAGACGAAGAGCCCGGGACGUCAGCGGCGGAGCCGGAGUUGAAUCCCGGCAGAGAGUUCGACAGUCUGCAACAGCCCGAUUGGGCCACAGUUGAAACCCUCGCCAAGGAGGAGAGGUUGCCAAAGUCCGGCGGGGCGGAACGGGCGACGGAAGCCAUGAGACGCGCCAUCGUUUGCACGGAGGAUCAACAGGGAGAACGCCAGAUCGGUGGUAGCUGCGCGGUCCCUGCUUCAGACCUCCCACCUGCGCUGCGCGACACUGGAGCGGCAGACCUAGAGGAGCUGGAGGAUACCCUGGCGAAGGAGAGAGAGCUUCUGGCACAGUGCUACAAGAACCACCCGGUUGAGCGGAUUGAGAUUGCGCCCAACGCAGUCGAGCAGGGGCCGGAUUCGGAUGACAGUGAAGCCGACCCCUCAGCGACGGACCUGGAGAUGCACCACACCUUCGUGCAGCUAACCUCUGGGGAGGGAAGGAUUCACAAACCUUCUCACCGAGAGAGGGGUCUGCCGAG